GUGGACAGUGUAAGAGUAAUUCAACUUUACCACCACUGAAUCUUGAACAGAGAUAAGGAGUCCCAGAAGACAGUGAGCUCUCCUAUCAUGAUGCCUACAGCUAAAGGCAUGUCCCAAAUGAUACCCAAUCACGUUCUGAGAGUGGGUCAAACUAUCCGCCUUGACGCAGGGCAGGAGAGGGCCAAUCAACAUCCCAUUGUCACGCAGCCCAGCAGUAACCAUGACGACGCUGAUCUUGAUAUUUCCCUGGAUAAUCUCAACCAGCUCAUCAUGGAACUGGAUCCGACAUUUGAACCCAUUGAGAUCAACAAAAGUCCGCAGUGCUUCAGCCCUCCUACAGACGACUCAGAUGAAGAGGACUCUCAUUGCGUGCUGGUCCCCAGAGGAUGUCCUCCCUGCUCCCUGCCCACUCAGUUCCCAUCUGUGUCCCCCAGUAUAGCCAUCCCUACACCCAGCGGCGUGUGCUGCAGCCCCCACGGCACACUGGUGUUCUCCAGCUCCCCUACAGCCUCCCUGCCCCCGCUGCCGUUUGGGAGUGCACCCCGACGAAAUCACUCUUCAAGACAAGACACAAACCUGCGCUUGUCAUACUCAAACAGAAACAGUGCCGUCUCCCUCCUCUCCAUGUCAACAUGCUCAGACACUAGCUACAUCCUCGGCAGCAACCUGUCCCUGGCCAGUGAAGACGCUGACUCUCCUCCAGAGUCCAUGUAUACUCGCACGUGCGGCUCCUUCAGUGAAGGGUUCAAAACCAGGACCCCAGAUAACAGGCACAGCCCAGAUAAGCCCCCGUUGUUACAGCGAGGACAUCUACAGGAGCUUCAUGACAAAGGAGCACACAGCAGUCCUACUUCACUCUCUGGGUCCUGGGGCGAUAUUCCUCUACUGCUGGUCAACGGUGAACCUCAGCUGGAUACGUUCCAACAGAAGUCUCCUGGACCAGAGAUUGACAUAAUACAGGCCAACCUUGUGUCCAACUCAAAGCCAUUGUCUCCACACAGCUUCCAAGCCCGUUUUAAUGGCAGCAAGCCCUCAAUGAAGUUUGUCAUGGACACUUCAAAGUUUUGGUUCCGUCCACAUUUCAGCAGAGCAGAGGCUGAAGCCCUGUUGAAGGACAAGGAAGCAGGAGCCUUUCUGGUGAGAGACAGCACCUCCUUCAGAGGCAGCUUCGGUCUGGCUAUGAAGGUGGACCAAACGGCCGACAACCCAGGAGAGGGCAGUGAACAUCUUUUCAGACAAUUCCUCAUUGAAUCAUCAGCUAAGGGUGUACGCAUCAAAGGCUCUUCUCAGGAACCAUACUUUGGUAGUCUCUCUGCUCUGGUCUACCAGCACACAAUCUCUGCUUACGCUUUACCCUGCAAAUUAGUGCUCCACUGCCAAGAUGCAGCAGAUGAGAGGGCUCAAGACAAACAAGCAUCGGAGGACAAGAGAAAAACAGUUGCUUGCAAUUUUGUCUACCUGAAUGCUGUCCCUACUGAAACGCUGACGGGCCCCUGUGCAGUGCAGAAGGCGGUGUCUUCGACACUUGAGAAGGCCUCGGGUUCCUUCAUACCAACCAUAGUGAACUUGAAGGUGUCUUUGAAAGGCGUUACACUGACAGAUGUCAACAGGAAGCUCUUCUUCAGGCGCCAUUACCCUGCUCACCUCCUGAGCUACGGUGGGGGAGAUCCAGACAAUCGACUUUGGGUGAAAGGAUCCAGUUUUGGUGCAAGAACGUUUGGCUUUGUGGCGAAAGGUAUUGAGGCCGGCAUGGAGAAUGUGUGCCACGUGUUUGCAGAAUAUGACCCCCUGCAGCCUUGCAACAAUGUCAUUGAAGUUAUUCGGGCUUCCAUAGCUUAGCCACAGACUCACAAAGACUGAGGCAACAUGACACCUGGGAUCUUAAAGCACUAUCUACACUUAAACUGUAUUUUGUUAGUAACCGUCCAUUACUGUAUCUACUAGAUUACAAUACAACAUCUGAAAAGCAUGGUCACACAUUAAAGUCAAAAGAGUAGCAUAUAUGAAGAUAUGCAAGACUGAUUUGCCUUCAAACAACAAACCAGACAAGGAACCAGCAACAUUUGAUUGUAAAUUGCAAGCUGCUACCGUUCAAAUAAUCCAGUUUGUAAAUGUUAAAAUAAAUUGUACUUUACUGUACUUUUGUAUAAAGGAAGCUCUGCAAAAUAAUUUCAAUGUUGUUUUACAAAAAGAUAAGAUAAAAACAUAGAGAUUAGGUCAUGGUAAAGCAGUUGAUUUUAAUUAUUAAUUUACAAUUAUUUCCAUGGUAACUGAGGUAUACAUUUGCAGUACCCAGCACUAUUAAAUGUAGUAAUGAUUUUGAAGAUUCUCUUAAUAGACUAGGCUAAACAUAUUGUCAUGUCCUUUCAUUUCAAAGCAACUUUAAAGUUUAAAGUUGAGAAUGUAUUUAUUAAACUGCAAUGUAAACAAUAUCUUCUCUGUAUA